GACCUUGCACCAUAACCCGUUCACACACACAAUACGGGACGAAACUUUGGUCAGUGAGCAUGCGAGUAAACCAACAGUGCAGCAUUCAAGAGUAGCAAGAUUCAAUAACAAGAAUUCCAUCCUUGAAGUAGAUGUAACUAACGAGUCACUGUAAUAAUAUUAAUGUACGAUUCUAUCAAAUGACCUGAAGACGAAAUUAUAAUUGUAAAAGUAACACGAAGACUUACAGAAAAAUUGAUAUUACGAGAAUUUUCAUUAGUUCUUCAAGCGACCGUAUGAAUACGAGAGUGUUUCACCAGUUAUUACGUUUUAGUUGAGUCUAAUUAAUUAUUCCUAUAACUUUACUUGGUGAUACGAGAGUGGGGUUUAUCUACAGAGAAGUCAGAAUGUUUCAUCAGAUGGGAAUAUUAUCAAAAGGCACCUUCUAUAAAAUAUCGACCAAUGAUAUACGUGAUAUUAUGUAUCUGAAGCCAUUGUUAAUAAUGUUACGUGUGGUUAUUUCGUUUGUUUCUGGUUGCUAAGCAACCACAGUGAAAUAAAACGCCAGAGCUUGCAAGAAGCCCAACAAGACCUGGUUUCCAUAUCGGGGCUUCAAGCACCGUGCUUUGUUUCUGGCGACGCGGUUGAACUCACUGGGACAGAGGAGUGAGAGAUUUUUGUGUUACGUGCAAUGAGAAACGACGUGGUAAAAUUGAAAUAUUAAUACAUUCAAAUUCCGUAAAGAUAAUUAUCACUUCUAAGAAAAUUAAAUUUGUAUAUUAAAUAUGGAUUUUUGUUAUUCCAGGAUUCCAUCAAUGUAGGUUGUUUCCACGUUCACAUUAGAAAUAAAUAACAUUGUCUUCGGAGUUUCCAAAUACCUGAAAUAACCUAUUUAUUUAUUUCUGCGAGAAUAUGGGUGUUAUUUUAAAAGAGAAAAACAAUAUUUGUUAGCACGUUUCUAGUACGUAUUAAAUGAGUAUUGGUUAUUUUACGAAGAGAUGAAUUUAUUGCUAUACGAACAAAGUCAGAAAAGGAAAAACUUAGGAAUUAAUAACUGAAUUUACUACGUACUGGAGACAUUAAAGUUUGUGUUCACAUUAAUUUCAAACAUCUUGCUUAGAUAUGAAGAAUGUAUUUUUACGCAUCGAUAAGAGAGAUAAGAACUAUGAAUGUUUUGGUUGGUGGUUGCCGGAUCUUCUUUCUGAUGCAGAAAGACCAUCUGGAAUUUCAGAACCUAAUGGCAACAAGACAGAUAAAAUUGAUAAUGAUGGGCUUACACAUCUCCCAGAGCCACAACUGACCGGCGAAGAAGAUUUAGCGUCAGGUAAUCAAUCGCACAUGAUAGAAGCGAAUGAAAAUACAUUAGGUCUUGAUAGCAACACAACUGCCAACAAAAAAUGUGCAAAAAUAGGAAUUGCUAAAAACGGAACAAAAUGUAUUACUCCAUCGAAAGCAACUUCGAUGAACAAAACACCUGAUGACUCUACACUCUCAAAUACACAGGUGGCAGCACUGAUUAGUUCACCAAAUCACAAACAACCAGAGAGAAUAUUAUACCAGAGUCCAAAAUUUGAACACCAAUUUAAAACAUCUAGACGUGCCUACGAAAGUUCAGGGUAUCUAUCGGGUACAAGAACAAGGCUGCAAGAUGGUGAUCGUAAAGUGUUGUGUCCUCUUGUGGAAUUACAAUUCACGAUCGAACAUGACACAGAUCGGCAACUGGAGGUACCGCGAGAGAAGUUCCUGCAGGCUGUCGGUGGACUAGACUCCAAGAUCAGAACUUUGCAAGCAGACAACAGACAGUUGCACACGGACCUCAACGCACUGCUACAAGACUUUCAGUCGAAGGAAAUUGAAGUAACUCAGCUGACUGGGGAGGCACGACAGCUGAGAGAUGAUCUUGAAGAUAUCAGAUAUUUGGAUGAUCUCAUAUUCUUGCUGCAGGGUAAAUUGGAUCGCAUUACCUUACGUAAAUGGCCGUUCCUCGUUGCGCACAUUCUCCCCGCCACGGGUUCCACACAAGAACUGAACUUGCUUGUGUAAUAACAAUCUUCAAAAGUAGCACAUCUGUCCGUUUAAAACACGGCAAAAAUAUAUGUUCAUAUCGUGACGCCACUGUUUAAUUAUUUUGUUCACUCUUGACACAAAUAAACGAAGGUAGAUCAUGUU